AUUGGUAUGAAACGACGUUCGACAGCUGACACGCACGUGGCUUUGUUUAUAUACUUUGGAAAUUGCCCAAAAAAACGCUUAUUUAAAAAAAAUUUAUAACUUUAUUUAACACGAUAGUAUAGACUGUGAAUCAAGCCAAGGAAGUUGUAGUUUUCUGUAAAGCCAUUGCACUGAAAACAAUGGACGAAGAACAAAUAACGGCGGCGGCAUACAAUGACCGAUCUAGUUAUGCAAAAAAUCGGAACAAAAAACGUAAAUCUGCCGGUAAUCGUUUCCUCCAGAAUGCGAAAGGAUUUGGCCGGAAGCAUAGUUUUGGGCGCGGUGCCGAGUUGGAACAGGAAGAAUAUAAUUAUUUCCUGGAAAUUCUGGAGGCAUUGAACGGGAUGACUGGUGACGACACCGAAGAACGAUCAACGAUGGCAAACAACGUGUACGCGCAAAUCAGAGAUAAAGAGAUCAAGGCGUGCUCCAAUCAGCUGAGCAGUCGAGUUCUAGAUAAUUUAUUAGGCUUUACCGACGAAGAGACGCUACAACAUGUAAUGACAGUUUUCGGAGAAAACUUUCGGGUGGUGUGCUGUGACAAAUUUGCUUCGCAUGUACUACAAAAAACAUUAUUUAUAGCCGUUCUACGAUGUAUUGGCGAAAUGCAAGUAGAUGAAGAUAAGGACGCUUCGGAAUGUAGGAAAAAGCGAAAAUCCGAUGUUGGUAGAGAGAUGGAUUAUAAUCUAGUGAUGGACUUCAGCCCGGGACAUCGAAGGGUUUGCGGAAAGUUUGUGAAGAAAGUGGCUAAAUUUUUGUUGAACAAUUUAGAAGAGUUUGUAUGGGAUUAGUUCGGAAAUUACGUCAU